AUGUCUUACUCGUCUGUCGCAGUGCGUUAUUUCACGGCUCCUAAGCCGCUGGGAAGCGCCAUGGAUCCUGCCCGCUCUCAGCCGUCCUCUGAUGCCAAACAGAGACCGACCUCCACGCCCGUGAUAGUGAAUGGUUCGGCUAAACCGGGCUUGACGUUUGCCAACCAAGACUCCUUACCCAAACUGCCCAUUCCAGAGUUGGAGCAGACGUGCAAGAAGUAUCUCGAAGCUUUGUCUCCAUUGCAGACCCCUAGAGAACAAGACGAUACGAGAGCAGCUGUCCAGGACUUUCUCCGGUCGGAAGGACCUAUUCUCCAAGAGAAGCUCAAAAAUUACGCUUCGUCGAAGACAAGCUUCAUUGAACAGUUCUGGUAUGAUUCAUACUUGAACUAUGACAGCCCGGUCGUCCUGAACCUGAACCCUUUCUUCCUGCUGGAGGAUGAUCCAACACCAGCGAGAAACAACCAAGUGACUCGAGCAGCCUCUCUUGUCGUUUCUGCUCUGUCAUUUGUGCGAGCUGUCAGACGGGAAGAGCUGCCCCCAGAUACCGUCCGAGGCACUCCCUUGUGCAUGUACCAGUACUCUCGUUUGUUCGGGACAGCACGUGUACCCACCGACAACGGUUGUGUCAUCAGCGAGGAUCCUCAUGCGAAGCAUAUUGUUGUUAUGUGUCGUGGCCAGUUUUACUGGUUCGAUGUGUUGGAUGAGAACAAUGAUCUGAUCAUGAAUGAGAAGGAUAUUGCCGUCAACCUUCAGGUCAUAAUUGGCGAUGCGGAGCAGACCCCUAUUCAAGACGCCGCAAAGGGGGCCCUUGGAGUGCUCAGCACAGAGAACCGCAAAGUCUGGUCGGGUCUGAGGGACAUCCUGACCAAAGACGAAGGCUCCAACAAUGCGGAAUGUCUCAACAUUGUCGAUACGGCCCUCUUUGUUCUCUGCCUGGACUACACCGAACCACACAACACCUCUGAGCUUUGCGCAAAUAUGCUCUGUGGAACGAGUGAAGUCAUCCGAGGGGUGCAAGUCGGUACAUGUACAAACCGCUGGUAUGACAAGUUGCAAAUCAUUGUCUGCAAGAACGGCAGUGCCGGUAUCAAUUUUGAACAUACUGGUGUGGACGGCCAUACAGUGCUUCGGUUUGCCAGUGAUGUCUACACCGACACCAUACUCCGCUUUGCCCGCACCAUCAACGGCCAAGCACCGAGCCUAUGGGCGACUUCCAGUCCGGAUCCUUCUAAGCGCGACCCCCGGAGCUUUGGAAAUGUCAGCACCACCCCGCGCAAGCUGGAGUGGGAUAUGGCGCCCGAGCUUAGCAUUGCGCUGCGGUUUGCCGAGUCACACUUAUCGGAUCUGCUGAAGCAGCAUGAAUUUCAGGUGCUCGACUUCACCGGCUUCGGCAAGAAUUUCAUCACGUCGAUGGGAUUCUCGCCCGAUGCAUUUGUACAGAUGGCCUUCCAGGCAGCAUACUACGGGCUUUACGGGCGACUGGAAAAUACCUACGAACCAGCCAUGACCAAGUCCUUCCUGCACGGCCGGACAGAGGCUAUCCGGACCGUCACCAGCGAGUGUGCUGAUUUCGUCACCACCUUCUGGGGAGAUAAUCCGGCGGAGCAAAAGAUCAAUGCGCUACGGAAAGCGACGGAGAAGCACACGGCUAUCACGAAGGAAUGUUCGAAGGCACAGGGACAAGAUCGGCAUCUCUAUGCGCUGUACUGUCUCUGGCAACGAUCCUUCGACGAUGGGGCGUCGUCGGCAAGCAAUAGUGUUUCGGAAGGUUCCAACGGUUACACCAGUCCCGUAGACGGUGAGUCGAUCUCGUCACCCAAGUCUCCCGCGUCGAUGUCGGACGAUGGGCUUUCGUCGACCGGCUACAGCGUUCGUGGCGCGCGCACCAUGCCGGCGAUCUUCAGCGACGCUGGAUGGGACAAGAUCAACACCACAGUGCUGUCGACCUCGAACUGUGGGAAUCCAUGCCUGCGCCAUUUCGGCUUCGGGCCGACCUCCGCGGACGGCUUUGGCAUCGGCUACAUCAUCAAGGACGACACGAUCUCCUUCUGUGCCUCGUCGAAGCACCGUCAGACCCAGCGUUUGAUGUACACGCUGGAGUCGUAUCUCCUCGAAAUCCGGAAGCUGCUGCGCGCCAUCAACCAGCGACCGGCCAGUCCGCGCACGAGCCGGGCGCGCGAGAUGGAGAUGAUCGCCGAGCGGCUCCAGAGCGAUCACCGCCGGGGCCGGAUUGUCCGGAGCGACGCGAGCCAUCGGGGAGCCGAGACGCCGACGACGGACAGCGGCGAGUUAGAGGAUGAUGGAAUGGGCGGAUAUGGAUUCUUCGACGCCGGGAUGCUGCUCCAUGCACUUAAGGGGAUCAAUGCAGACCGGGAGCGUGGCGCGGACAAGCCGGAGAAGCGGCGAUUUGUCGGGAAGAAGCUGCGGCUGAAUGACUAUUGA